AUGGUUGUUCUCAAAAGUUGUGCCGCGGAUGUAAACCUUUUCUUGCAAAAUCUUGUAAAGACUCAUGACUUGUUGCUCACAAUCUCAGUUCACCAACAUCUAGCUGACAAAAUCAAACCAGUAUUCUUCAUCCUUAAUCAUAUCAAGGCUGAUGAAUAUGGGGAGUACAAACACGAGUCAAAUCCAAAAUCAAAAGAUCUGAAGGGUAAUGAAGCUUCGGGAUCGAAAGGAAAAGGAAAAUUAGUUGAAUCCAAUGAUGAAAAAGAAGAAGAUUUGUCUGAAGUGUUAAAGCUUAAAAGAAAGAAACGUGACCAAGAGCUUGAUGAAGCUCAGCAUGUUGCAAAGGAAGCUGAAGCAACUAAAAAGGAGGCUUGUGAUGCACAAGUCACACUUAAAACUCAGAAGUCUCUCUUCCCUCCUUGGUCCAUGGAGCGGAUUCUGAAUGAGGCUAUUGACAAUCGGAGUGUUUAUUGGUUGGAGCUUGUCGUAUCAUUUGAUUUGGAUAACUCUUCGGAGUCUCGGCUUGAAUUUCCAGUCACUCCGAAAGCUUUCCUGUUUAGAUGUUUUGAGAGGAUUGUGAAUGCCCCCGAUUCAGAAAACGAUGUCAACCAAAUGCUUCUCUUUUUUAUCUCAAGCACAGAAAGCCUAGCUGUCCGAGGAGCAGGGAAUUCGGCCUUUGAGUUCACUUUUACUGACUUGCCAUGCCUAUAUCCAUACGAUUGGAUUUCUUUGUUCUCCCUGUUGUCCAAAUAUGAUCAGAAGUUUGAGACAAUUAUAGCUCAUUUGAAAAUAAUGUUAGUCUCCUAUAUUCAAGAAGUCGGGAGAAUGGACGUAGAGAUUGCGGCUAUACUCCGAAAGAAACCCAUUGUGCAACAAAGGAAGCUCCAAAGAACAUCAGCAAGAUGA